UUGAUCCACAUAAGAGAGUUUAUUUCCUUUGCUAUAAAUGUCAUUUGGAGAGUAGAAUCAGAGAGUGGAGAGCAGAAUCACGUUUGGCUUUGGAACCAUUAUGGUUUCUCCCAUAUCAAAUAUGGCAGUCUCAGUUACUUCAUAAGGCACGCUAACAGUCUACGUCACACCACCCCAUAGAACUUUGCUUUGAGAGACACGGUCGCUUUUUUUAUGACGGCUUCGGUUUCCUCAGUUGAUUGGUUGUGACUAGACGAGCGCUCGCCAAUGAGUUUGCGGGUUUCCAGGCAGGCGUAGCGGCGGCCUUGUUGCAUCCUCGGCCUGUGCUCGCCUGACGUCGCUGCGUCACGAUCGCUCCGGGAAACCGGCAUCAGCUGAAGUGUUUGCCGCCGCUGUGGUGGAAGAAGAAGAAUCAGCGGAGAAAGAAGAAAAAGAGGGCUCAGGAGGAGUCGCUGUGGCUAACUGGGAAGGCAAACAGGGACGGCAGACUUAGCCGUGCUUGGGCGGUCAGUCAGUCCGCGGCACUGGGAGACGCCGCUGAGCUCCCAGUAGCUGCCGCCAAAUCCACAGCGGUCACGGCCCGGGAUUCCUCAGCCAGCGGCGUUCGCCGCCGCUUCAAACGUCAGCAAGGUAAGAGAAAGUACAAAAUGUCAAAAAUCCGACGGAAGGUCACAGUAGAGAAUACCAAGACUAUAUCGGAUAGCACAUCGCGCAGACCAAGUGUUUUUGAGAGACUUGGACCUAGCGCAGGGAAUAGUGCUGAGACUCAAUGUCGUAAUUGGAUGAAGACUGGGAAUUGUAUAUAUGGUAACACCUGUAGAUUCAUUCAUGGCCCCUCACCAAGAGGCAAAGGUUAUAGUAGUACAUACAGAAGGUCACCAGAAAGGCCACCUGGAGAUUUGCGGGAGAGAAUGAAGAAUAAGCGGCAAGAAGUAGAUUCCGAAUCUCAAAAACGAACGACUGAGGAAUCCACAUCCCCAUCAAGGAAAGAGUCUUCCCGGGGAAGGCAUCGUGAGAAAGAAGAUAUAAAAAUUACUAAAGAGAGAACCCCUGAAAGUGACGAGGAGACAGCUGAAUGGGAAACUACAAGGGAUGAUUCAGACAAUGGUGAUGUUAACUAUGAUUAUGACCAUGAGUUGUCAUUGGAAAAGAAACGCCAGAAAAUUCAGAGAGAAUUGAUGAAACUGGAACAGGAGAACAUGGAAAAGCGUGAAGAAAUUGUCAUUAAAAAAGAGAUAUCUCCUGAAGUAAUCCCAAAAAUGUCACCUUCACCAAGAAAGUCGAGCAGAUCCCCAAAGCGAAAAUCCAGUCCCAAGCCUACAAAUGUUUCUAGCAAGAAAGAAAAGAAGUCAGUUACUGCUUCUCCUCCAGCUUCUGAUCAACAAACAAGGCAUUCAAAGAGUGCACAGAGCAAAAAGAAAGGUCCUCGUACACCAAGUCCACCUCCACCAACCCAAGAGGAAGCCCUGUUUUCUAAAAAGCACAAAGAGAAACAUAAAUCAAAAGAUCGCAUUGAUGAAAGGAUCAAAGAUGUAAAAGAAAGGGGACGUGAUGUUGAGAAACCUAAAGACAAAAAGGAAAAGCAAAGAGAUGCUUCGGGGGGAUCUCAUAGACAAAAAAGAUCCCCAAGUCCAGCUGAUCGCUCUUGUAGUAACUCAUCCCAUUCAAGGGACUAUUCUCCCCCUGCACCUCGGAGACGACAUCCUUCAUCCCCAGUACCUACGAAGUCUUCAGCUCAUAAGCACGCAAUAUCCCCAUCUCACAGAUCUGUUUCUCCUGGGCGCCAUCACUCUCCCAUGUCUUCCAGGCACCAUUCUCCUUCCUCUCAGUCAGGUUCUUCUGUGCAAAGACACUCUCUUUCACCUCGCCAUAGGAGGUCACCUUCUCCUCCCUACCAAAGAACUGCAUCGCCGUCAGCUAGGCGCCAAUCCACGUCUCCUUACACUACACGCACAUCUUCAUCUCCACAGAGAAAGAGGAGCCCAUCCAAGCAUCGCUCCCCAACUAGAGAGAAGGGAAGACACGAUAGGGAGAGGGCUUCUGCUUCACAUGACCGAAGUCAUGAAAGAAGAGAUGAGAGCAGAGGAAGAAAGAGAGACAGAGAUCACAAUCGAGAACCAAGUGGUUCUAGAGAUGAUAGAGAAUCUCGUGAGGGUCGUGACCGUAGGGAAGUCCGAGACAACCGUGACCAUAGGGAACCUAGAGACUCCCGAGAUAAUCGGGAGACUAGGGAUUCUCGAGAAUAUAGAGAUGCCAAAGAAAGCCGUGACCAGAAGGAUUCAAGAUCAACUCGUGACACUCAUGAAUACAGAGACCGAGACAAUAGAGAAUCCCACCGAAAAGAUGAGCAGUAUGAUGAACGUAGCUACAGAAAUCAUGGCAGAGAUGAUACUUCACGUGCUGAAAGCAGAAAUGAAACAAGGAAUGAUUCUAGGAAUGAAAAUAGAAGUGACACUAGGAAUGACCGUAGUGGACGGGCAAGAGGACGAGCUCCAGAUCCAUCUGAAAAAACAGGUAGGGCAGCUAGAAGCUCCCAGGCAGAUAAUCACAGCAGUAGCAACUACCAUGACAACUGGGAAUCAAGAAGUAGUUAUACAGAAAGAGAGCGAUAUGAUAACCGUGAUCAAGGACGGGACUCCUCUUUUGAUCGAAGACACGGAGACCGGGACCGAAGGGACAGAGACAGAGAUCAAAGACCAACUUCACCAGUAAGACACCAGGGAAGAAAUGAUGAUACAGAAAGAGAAGAAAGAAGAGAAGAGCGCAGAGUGGACAGAACAGAUGAAAGAAGAGAUGAAAGAGCUAGAGAGCGUGAACGUGAAAAGGAGAGAGAACGGGAAAGGGAACAAAGAGAAAGAGAGAGAGAAAAAGAGAGGGAAUCUGAGAGAGAGCGAGCCCGUGAGAGAGAUCGAGAAAGGGAGCGAGAAAAGGACAGAGAGAGAGAGCGUGAAAAGGAGAGGGAGAGAGAAAGAGAGGAACGGGAGAGAGAGAGGGAACGAGAAAGGGAGCGUGAAAGGGAGCGAGACCGGGAGAGAGAAAGAGAGCGAGAAAGAGAACGGGAGAGAGAUAGAGAGAAGGAGAAAGAGAGAGAAAGAGGCAGGGAAAGAGAUAGAGAUCGUCCAAGGGACUGGGAGGAAAAAGAAAAAGCAAGAGAAGACCGAAGGGAUAAAAGAGAUGAUGUACGGGAAGACAAAAGAGAGCUACAUGAAGAUAGAAAGCCUAAGUCGGAGAAGGGCAAAAUAGAAGGGCAAAUAAAUCAAAACCUACACAAAGACCAACGAAAGCGACACAGGAAUGAAAGCAGUCCAAGCCCACGCCAAUCCCCCAAGCGGCGCCGAGAACACUCCCCUGACAGUGAUGCUUACAACAGUGGAGAUGAUAAAAAUGAAAAGCACAGACUUCUGAGUCAAGUUGUUAAACCUUUAGAUUCCCGAUCUCUAAGCCCUGCUCAUGUUACAGAAGAAAGACCGUCACGCUGGAAAGAAGAAGAACGCAAAUCAGAAAGGAAGGAGAGCUCAAGGCGAUAUGAAGAGUCAGAAACUAAAGAGAAAGCAAUACCUGCAGCAGAAAAGCAGAGGGAACAUUUAGGAGAACCUAGUGAAAAUUUGAAAGUCAAAGAACCUGACACUGCAAUUCAACAUAAAGCAGAGGAAAAGGAUAUUUCUGAAAAGGUACCCGAUGACAAAGCUAAGAAGACAAAAUUACAAAAAAAAGCUGCAAAGAAGAAAAAAGAGGAUGAGGUUGUGACAGAAAAAAGCACAACAGAGUCUCAGUCAGAUGAUGUUCAAGUCUUUUCACCCAAAAAAGGACAGAAAAAGAAAAGUGUUGAUAAAAAACGUAAGAAAUCCAAAGGCGACUCUGAUGUUUCUGAUGAGGAAGUUGUUCAGCAUAGCAAAAAGAAAAAAGGACCUAGAACACCACCAGCAACAGUUGCUCCAGUUUCAGUAACAGCAACCAUAAAGGAAGAAGUCAUUGAAGUGUUGCCAGAGAAAAAGGUGAUAGAAGUUUCUCAAGAAAAAGAGACCGCAUUUAGUGACUGGUCAGAUGAUGAUGUCCCAGAAAGAAAAGAACCGGUUCCUUUAGAGAAAACUAUAGAAGAACCUAUCAAAAAGCCUUCUAAGGGCAAAGUAGAAAAAGAGGAGCUUCGCCCUGCUGCUUCUGAAGAACCACCUCCUCGUAAACUACCAGAGCAAAAACGUAGCAGUAGCAUCUCCAGCAACCAGAGCCGCACAUCCAGCCGCCUUCGGUCACCGUCCAUUGAUUCUGUUCAUCGAAGUGGAGAAGACCACAAUGCAAAGAGGAGAUUAUUGCAUGAUAGCUCUAGAGAUCAAAAACAAAAUAAAAGCAUCGAGCCCACUGUGGAACGCAAGUCCAGGAUAGAUCAGCUGAAGCGUGGAGAGCCUAGCCGCAGCACUUCAUCAGAUCGUAGGGAUUCAAGAAGUCACAGUUCCAGAAAAAGUUCGCCUGAAUCCGAUCGUCAAGUGCAUUCCAGAUCUGGGUCAUUUGACAGCCGGGAAAGAGUACCCGAAAGAGAACGUCAUGAAUAUGAGAGAGAUCGUGACAAGGACAGAGAGAGGGAACGGAGAGAAGGAAGACAGAGGGAGUGGGAUCGAGAUGCUGAUAAAGAAUGGCCAAGAACCCGAGACCGUGACCGAAUCAGAGAAAGAGAGCGUGAGAGAGAAAGAGACAGGAGGAGAGACCUUGAAAGGGAACGUGACAAAGUUGUCCCAGAAAGUACAGAGAGAGAACAAGUACGCCCUCUUGAUAUGCCAUCCAUUGCCGAGCCAAAACGUACUGAACACAAGGAAAGGGACCUGGACAAAAAUUACGAAAAUAGUAGUCGAAAUAGUUCAGUUGUGGAUAAAAUGGAUCGAAUCUCUGAAAACCUGCAGGAUAUGGGCAGUAGUCGUAAAAACGAAAAUCCAGAGAUCUUUGAUGGUGGUGAUGAUGAGGAGCCCAAGCUAGAUGAUGAUCAGUCUGUGGACUCCGUACCUGGGGAAGAAUAUGAGCCAAUCAGUGAUGAUGAACUGGAUGAGAUAUUGGCCGAUGAUGCAGAAAAGAAAGAUGAUCAUCAACAAGACGAUGACAAACCAUCAGAUCCUUUGGAUGCUAUUGAUGUGGACUGGUCCAGUUUGAUGCCAAAGCAGCCUAAGGAACCUCGGGAGUCUGGAGCUGCACUCUUGAAAUUUACGCCAGCAGCAGUUUUGCUUCGUGUUGGCAUUUCAAAGCGUUUGGCUGGACCAGAAUUGUUUAAUAAAGUUAAAGACCUCUGCCAGCAGUCUCUAGAAAAGCCAAAAGAUACAGAGACCCUGUUUGAUCAUGAUCUGGGGGCUCUCAAUAUGGCGGCAUUGUUGAGGAAGCAGGAGAGGGCCAGCUUACUUAGCAAUCUAGGACCCUGCUGUAAAGCCCUGUGUUCCCGAAGAGACUUGGCCAUUCGCAAGCAGCUUGUUCAAAAUGAGAAGGGUAUGGUGAAACAGAUGUACUCGAACCCUCCUGUAGUGGACAGCGAACUUUUGAGGUUAAGCUUGCGUCUUUUUAAGCGGAAACCUUCAAACUUUGUUUUAAACCAAGAAAAAAACGAUGAAUGCAAAGUUUCUGACUCCAGCAAGAAGCCCGAACCUUGCGUUUGUUAAAUGUGAUUUAUUUAUCCCAAGACUCGCUCUCAAAUGUGCAUUGCCAUGUUUCCUCCUUGUGUUAUUGUUUUGUUUGACUAUACAUUCGUUCAGUGCACAAUGAUGCAUCUUGUUAAAGUGAAAUAUAAAGAUUUCUUUUAAAA